AUGAAUAGAAAAUUUGGUGGUGGAAGGCAGCCCACGGGGACUCCUUCACUAGCUUGGUCCUGUGUGGUUGUUGUCUUCUCUCUUCUUGCUGGUGCUUCUGUUGUUCACAAUAUCUAUAAGCCCAAUCUUACAUUGCCUCCUGCUGAUGGAGUUGAUAGGACCAAGCAGAAUGAGAAAGAAUGA